AUGCCUGACAAUCCACCCCGUCCACCUCCGCCAGCGCCCCCGCUACCGCCAAGCCUACACAAGAAGCAGACAAAAGAAUCAGCCUUUAUGCUAAAAGUAAAAAACGCGCCAGACGAUUGGUUCUACCAGCCUCCCGAGCCGCCGGCCCUGGUCGACCUCUUCGAGCCACCCACAGGACCUUAUUUUGUGUAUGGAACUUUGAUGGAUCCAAAGAUGCUAGCCAAUGUCCUUGGGGUGGAAGAAAAGCCCGAACUUCGACCUGCAAAAGUCGUAGGCUAUUCGCGUAAGCUCUGGGGACAGUACCCUGCGAUGCAGGACGGACCACAAGAUGCUGAAGUCGACGGUGCUGUUUAUCAUGUGCAGUCUGUUGCCCAUGCAAAGCGAUUGGGGGAUUACGAGACGAAUAGUUACAAGGCCAAGCCAUGCCUUAUCCAGUAUAUAGAUGGAAAGGAGCCUGUCGAGGAUUUCGGUUAUGUGUUCAUGUUCGUUGGUAAUCCAAGGGAUCUACAAGAGGGGGAUUUUGAUCUUCAAGUAUGGCUAAAGCGGAUGGGUCGAUAG